UCGAUGCAAUCGGGAACGGUUUUGAAAAUGGCGAUCUCGACAUUUUCUACGAUGAAGUUGUGUUUGAAGUGAUUUUAUUCUGUUUAUUUGAUAACUUUGUGCUAAAAUGUCUUCUCUGCAGUUUGUGGUACAUCCUAUUCCUGGCACCGACGAUCAAGUAAAUGACAGGUUAAAGGAAGUAUCAGAUCGACUCAAUAGAUUUGGACAAACUUCACAGAUACCAACUGCUCUCAGCAGUUUGAAGGUAGCUGUCAAGCAAAUUGCAGUUGGGCCAAAUCAUUUCGCUCUACUGUUGGAAGAUGGGCGUGUUUGUAGAGUUGCUUUUUCCAUUAUCUCCGAUCGUUUGGACUUAUCUAAAGCUGACCCCAACAAACAAAUCUCUCAAGCUCUGAGACACUCCUUUUUUUCCAGACACAAACCCGGCUCCGGGGGUGGUGGAGGCUCGUCUGGUGGUGGCGGAGGAGGAGGUGGUGGGGGCGCAGGCGGAAGUGGAAGCGCAACGAGUAAUGGAGGCGGACGGCAAUUAACGCGCACUCGGGCUCGAAUUAUGCGUACCUCUAACUCUGUCGUCCGAGGCGGUAUCACUCCAAGCAACACAUCCCGCACCUCCUCCAGCGUCAUCAUGGGUAGUGGAUCUAUUUCCAAUGCCAGUUCUAGGCCUAUGGUCCCUGCGCCUGUUUACGUGCCUGAAGAAUUGGUCUCUCAAGCGCAAGUUGUGCUUCAAGGAAAAUCCAGAAAUUUAAUCGUGCGAGAACUUCAGAGAACAAAUUUAGAUGUGAACCUUGCUGUUAACAACCUUCUAUCACGGGAUGAUGAAGAAGGGGAUGAAGGAGAUGAUGGAGGGGACUCGUAUGUCCCGGAGGACCUCAUCUCAUUGCUGGAUGGUGGUUUCCACACACCUGACCACUCAGUCAUCAUUGAUGCUGAAUCAAUGUUUUCUGAAGACAUGUUCGGCUAUCCUCCAAUGCGGAACCUAAGAGGAAGCUCAAGCAGUUCUCGCAGGCUCGGAAGCACAAGUGAACGGGAUCGUGGAGAUGGUGCAGAUCGUUCAGAUCGGGACAGAGAUAGGGAUCGAGACCAUGUGCGAGAGCACUUUUCUCGGUGGCGCGGAAGUCAGUACUUCGGACCAAGACGGUGGUUAGAGACGGCUCUUCGAGACUCUAGCUGGGACAAAGACUCAGAGAGUAAAAAGAAAGAGUUGGCACAACAAAGUCCUCUAUGGAUGUCCGACGAUGUCGAAUUUUGGUCAGAUUACAGGAACCCCUACAGUCCUGUCCCUAAAUUUGUUGCCAUCGCAUCUCUCUAUUCAGAGUUGAUCGCUUUAUCCUCUACUGGCCAGUUACAUCAGUGGAAGUGGAAUGAACCAGAGCCGUACAGAAAUCCAGAAAAUCAAACCUUUCAUCCCAAAACUAUUCCUCUGGGCCUAGCUAGUGAAAAAAUUCUUCAUUUAUCUGCUUGCACCAUACGGUGUUCGGUUGCUGCUGAAAGCGGCAAAGUAGCAACCUGGCUUGAUGAGUUGUUAAGUCAUGCUGCAACAAGCAAGCUAGAACAUCCAGCACAAAGUUACACAGAAUUCUCUGUUGAUCCAAUAGUGUCUCUUCACACCUGCUCUUUGUACACAGUAGCCCGUUUAGAAUCUGGGGCUUUGUACUGGUGGGGUGUCUAUCCAUUUGCUCAAAGGAAAAAGUUGUGGGAAAAAUUCCGUGCCAAGUCUCACAAACAACGUCCAUCAUCAUCAAAUGGAGAACUUGUUGUUGGCAGUCAAGUCUGCAUGAAGAACAGUCCCAUGUAUCAGGCAAAAGCAAUUGGUUUCUGCAUUUCCAACGGUGUCCCGAAAGUCGGGCAGUUGUUGAACGCCGCAUGGAAUUUGAACGACGUGUGCCGUUUCCAAAUUCUGUCGGUUCCUCAAACCUCAUCGCCAACCACUUUGCCUUCAUUCUCGACUUCCUUGGCGCAGAGCUCCAUCCCAUCCUCUCCGAGUUCUGGCAGUAUGCCAGAAGCUGGUGCUAGCCGUCCGUCCUCGCUAACAGCUGCUAGCCUUGCGUCUAAAUCAUCACUGACACCGAGUCAGAAGGAGAACUCGGACCGACUAGAUAUGCCACCCCCUCCAUCCCCAGCAUCAAGCACCUGCAGUGAUACCCCAAGCACAUCGCACAAACGCCCCAAACGUGUCGCUCCAAAAGACAACAAUGAAGAUUCAGAGAAGAAAGAUGAAGAAGAAUGGUCGUUGAAUGACGUUAUAUUUAUUGAUGACAUGAAAACACUCCCUAUCGGAAGAGUCGUCAAGAUUGAUGGCAUUUUCGCUGCUGUCAAACUCUCAAGCGCAACUUCAAAUCCGAGUGCCCCUGCCAAAGAUGCUGCUCCCAAUAAAGAGCAGAAAGACCCAAAUGCGUUCAAUGAUGAAACCAUAUCCAUCCUUCAGGACUGCCGAUUGCUGAGGAAAGAUGAAUUGCAGGUUAUCAAAAAUAAUAUGACAUCAUCCAGAGCUGUGGAUUGUUUCCAACGCACUCCAAGGCGAAUCAGCAUUCCAGACUCUGGAAACCAACAGCUUCUCACGGUGGCAGUAGACGGCCAAGGUGUACAUGCCAUCGUUAAAACUGGAUCCAAGGUGAGCUACAUGAUCUACAAUGUCACCAACGGAAAAAUCGAGCAAGACAGCCCAUUCCCUUCAGAUACAUCCUCCCUCUUGGGCCUGGAUUCCAGUCAGAUCUCUUUCUACACAACAGGAAGUAGUACUGAUAGUGUGUUCAUACUGCGAGAUGGAAACUCAAACAUAUUACCGCUGGCAAAGGACUCAUUAGACUCGAUGAGAGAUGCCCAGUGGCUUGACUUGCCAGCAAUAAAAUGUGUUGGUGCUGGCACCCAUGCAUUAUCUAGUGUUCAGUCCUCGGACAUGAAGAAUCAAGCAGCUCUGAUCAUUCUUGCCAUUGAUACCACUGUCCUCAUGUCUCACAUACUGCGGUGUCAGAUAGAUAAUGUCAAAUCUGUGAUUCAACAAUUGGAAGUUGACAAGAAUGAAAAUACUAUCAAAACAAUUCUGAAUGAACGGUGCGAUGGAAACCGAAAUAUAAUUCAUGCGUGUGUUUCAAUGUGCAUGCCCACAUCUAAUAAAGAAAACGAAACAGCAGAUAGCUCAACGCCUUCUAGCGGGCUCGAGUCAAUAAAUGUCAUUACCAACGCUCUAGGCUCACGAUCUGUCAGUCUCCGUGAAAUGAUGCGAAGAGCAUCAGUCGCUGUGAGAAUGGAUCGAGGUAGAAGUAGCGACAAUGCCAGCUCUGGCGCCUCAGCGCUCCAAUCAAAUUUGGAAGACAACAUCCCGUCACUCUGGCCAACCAACGAAAUGGUGGAUACCACAAGUGGGGACGAAGACAGUCUUCUUGGUGCUAACAAAACCUCAUCGGGGACUCCACCAUUCAAUACUUCAUCAACCCCCUCCAACAAUGUCAACAAUAACAAUGUUGUAGACCCCGUGGAACGGCGAAUAAAUGCUCUGGCAAUAUUGAAGCUGAUCUGCGAAUCUCAUGUUCUCCAGCCGCACCUUGUGCAAUUACUCUCAGCAAAAGACAGCCAAGGUCAGACUCCGUUCAUGCUGGCUCUCUCCGUGCGUGCGUAUCAAGCAGCGAAAACAAUUUACAGCACGAUAGACCGUAUUGUCAACAAAAUGCCGCCACCACCAUUGGUCUUGUCUCAGCCUACAACUCCGUUCGCUCAGGAGCAGCCGCCCCUUGUCGAUGAUUUGACGCACUAUUCAUCCCUUGCAUCUGGAAACAAUACCACACCAACAAGUAACCCAUCUGCUUCUCCUAAUACCACUCAACACAAGUUAAAGUGUGUCUUGUCUGCUUGGUUCGCCAAAGAUGCUCAGCCAGUCGCAAUGAACUACAAGAAGACCAGUUCCGGGUCUGGGGAAGAGGAUACAUCUGGAUCAGCUCGCCAGCAGAGUUCGUCAGAACAAUCGAAAGCUGGAGCGAAUAAUUUAAGCUCUGAGUCGUCUCAACUCAUGGAGUCGAUGAUUUUUCCUCCUGGGUCGAAUCUUGACUUGAACCCUCUUCACAUUAUCUGCUGCAAUGACACAUGCAGUUUCACGUGGACAGGAGAUGUUCACAUCAACCAGGAUAUUUUUGAGUGCCGUACGUGUGGAUUGAUCGGAACGUUAUGCUGCUGCACAGAGUGUGCCCGAGUCUGCCACAGAGGUCAUGACUGCAAGAUAAAACGCACUGCGCCAACAGCCUACUGUGAUUGUUGGGAAAAAGGAAAGUGCAAGGCCUUAGUUCAGGGCAACCAAAAUCUUAGGUUCUCUCUCCUCUGCACUCUCAGUUCAGAAACGGACCUCGUUUUGAAGCCAAAUAGUCGUGGUGAGAAUAUCUUGCUAUUCCUUGCUCAGACAGUAAGUCGUCAAACUGUAGAGCAAAGACAGUACCGCACUUCAAGGUCGCGCUCAACUUCUGCCACAGGAUCAAGGAAAACGCCCGCAGCAGAGAUGGACACAGAUGUGCCAGAACACGACCUUGAACCACCUAGAUUCAGCCGCAACGCACUUGCUCACUUGCUAAGUGACUGGCUUGCUGUCAAGAGCAUGAUUUUAUCAGGUAUUAAAGACGAUGACUCUAACUCUCAGAAAAAUAGCUCUAACGGAACAUCAGGAAGUGCCAACGUUUAUUCUGACCAUAUGUAUCUCAACAGUCAAAACGGCACUGCACUUUUGGACAAGUUUACGCACUGUCUUCUGGUGAAAUGUUCAGCGGAUAUGUUAGAUGUCCUUCUUGCGACGUUGAUCAGAGAGUUGCAAAACACAUCUGUACCUGGCCGUCAGAAAGAAGCCACCCUUGUCGCUCGUCGCUUCGUGAGAUCUGUAGCCAGAAUAUUCGUCGUGUUCAGUGUUGAGAUGGCCCCUGCCUCUGAUAAAAGAAGGGGAAUCAAUAACAUGUCUGCACCUCUAGUGAAGUGUAAACGCGUUUUUCAAUCCCUGGUGAGGCUCUCAGUUGAAGAGUUGGCGGAAACAGCCGACAGUUUAAUAGCGCCUGUCAGACUUGGUGUGGCGAGACCUACAGCUCCUUUCUCGCUUUCAAGCUCAGCGAUCGAGGUUAUCAAUAGCUCUGAAGAACUUUUCUCUGUCGAACCAUUGGCGCCUAAUUCAGGCAGUUCUCUAAGACAUUCCUCCGAUAUAAGUAGCUCAGUGGGUCUUUCAUCCUCAGCUCAUGUCAGAAGUCAAGUCGAAUUUGAAGAUUUUGAAGAUUCAUUGGCAGCACUAGCCAAUGAAAAUGAAGGGAGCGACACUGAAGAAGGAGCAGUGGAGCGAGGUGCCGCUAGCGGUAAUGGUAACGGUGAACCAGCCUCGUCUGUUAACAACGAAGUUGGUGGUGGCAAUGAUGUUGAAUCUGACACUGAAGAUUUGAUGGUAGAAUCUGAGUCAGAUUCUGACCAAAGCAACCAAGAUGGAAGCGCUCAGAGAAGCGUGCAAACUGGAGCAACAGCUGGCUCAGAUGCAGAGGAUGACUCUGGUGAAUCAACUCAACAGGAAGAUGAAGAAAGUGAAACAGGAGAAACCGAUGACAUGGAUAAUGAUGAGUUGGUUCUCCCUGAUGAGCAGUUAGAAAGAAGGAGCACCAGCAACGGAACUGGACAGCGUUCCAACUUGGCUCCGCAGUCAAUGCAGUGGGCAAUCAGAACGCGAGACUCAGUGUCACGUUCUGCCGGUUUCCGGGUGAGCUCGGGACAGUCCGUUGUUUUGAUCGAUCCAACGACCCUGAGGAGAGCCAACACGGCAACGUCAGCCGUCACAACAUCCACUCACGAACCGAUCACCAUGGCAACCACAGCCAGCUGUCUUGCGAGGGCGUUCGGUAUUGUCGUACGGCAGAUCACAGAUCUCCUUGUCCUCAUCCAUGAUUACUCCACUUUGGCCCCAUCCUUGCCAGUCUUGCUGGAAACAAACAUGCAAGAUCUGUGCCACCUGCAAAGCUAUCUUGAAGGGCCGUUCAAGCCAACCUGGGAUUGGAUGUUGGCCGUUAUGGAUUCGACAGAAGCCCAACUGAGAUUCGGAGCCUCAUUGACUCAUUCAUCUGAGCCAAGUCAUCCGGCCCAUCCUCUCCAUUCCAGUUCUAUCAGUGCUCCAUCAGGCUUAGCGGUGCGCUCCAAUCCAAAUUCGCUGCUUUCACUAUCAGCAAUAAACAACAACACAGCCACAUUUACCACUAAUGCACAUCAAUCAGGCAUUUUUUCUGUCCUGUCAGGCUCCUCCAACACUCAUCGCUCCUCAAGUAGCAACAACGCCACCAAUUCAGGUGUGGAACAAAAUCCUGCUAGGCGGGAAUUCCUCUCCUACUGUCUGUCGUUGAUGAGAUCACACAAUGCUGAACAUGCUGACUCACUCCCAGUCCUAGAUGUAUCUGCGCUGAAACAUGUUGCGUAUGUCUUGGAUGCUCUGAUCUACUACAUUCGUGCUAUGUCAGGCUAUUAUCACAACAAAAUGGACAGCCUUCUAACAAGCAUACCUCUGAACACGGAAGAUCCAGUUGCUGGGGAAGCUUGGAAUGAGCAGGAUGAGAACGAGAACGAAGAAAACGAUGAUGAUUUGAGCCAUUCGGUGAUGAAUAUGGACACGGAUUCAACUCUAGAUGAACAAGAGGCUGCUUUAGGAGCCACGGUGAAUCUGAUAACAGCACCGACAGUAUCUUCAACGCCGGCGCAAUCGUCCUCCCUCUCGUCAAGUGGCAGAGGCAGGAAACAUGUAUUCUUCCAAAGAUCUGAUUCCACUCUUUGUCUUGGUUGCCCGCCUCCAGACCCAUUCGACACGCCCAUGGCCGAGGCACUUCCGUUGGCAGACCAGCCUCAUUUAUUGCAGCCCAAUGCAAGGAAACAAGAUCUGUUCGGCACACCUAAACAAGCUGUCACUGUGCCUGUUACAGGUGACGGCCCUCCCGGUUUAGCAAAUCCAUUAGAAGUACUCCCAACAAGGCUAGGUUUGUCGAGCAGGAAACGCCUGGGCAGCUGCUAUGCAUCUGAAAGUUCUAACACAGAAACCGUUUCUAAGACUGAAAAUGAAAUUAGUGAUGAUAAAGGUAUGAUGGCAGAGGAUAGCCCGCAUGAUCUCUCAGUAAACAAAUCAAGCAUGGAGAAACCUGCUACUGCUGAUGCUUCCACAGCAACGCCUGAUAAUGAUCCUAACAAAUCGGUGCCAAUGGACGUAGAUCCAAGCAUAGUGCGAGCCCCCAUCAUUGUCGCCGCACCUAGCACAAGUAGCCAAUCGGAAUCUUUUCCAUCUUCAGGAGUCCUCAAGAGUGUCAUCGUUCGUGCAGGGCCUGCGCAAGAAAACUUUGCCAAUGCCUUCAAUGAGACAGCCUCUCCCUCUGUUUCAUUCUCCGAACCUGCAGCCUCAGCUAGUGAUGCCUCUAAAGAAGGAAACGCCAAAUAUAUGAACAGUAAAUCAUCAAUACCCAUCAAACCCAACACUUUCGUAGGUCAAUCGAUUUCCCACGAUCUUCUGCUUGGACGUUGGAGACUCUCGCUUGAUUUGUUCGGGCGUGUGUUCAUGGAGGAUGUUGGAUUGGAGCCUGGAUCAGUGGUUUCUGAACUCGGCGGUUUUCCUGUGAAGGAAGCCAAAUUUCGUCGGGAAAUGGAGAAGCUGCGGAACAUCCAAAACAGAGACUUCACACUGAAAAAGAUGGAACGCGACCGAGUCCAGCUGAUUCAGACAACUUUCAAAGAGCUGAACGCUUUGUAUCAUUCAAGACGCUCAGCAGGCUCUGCCCCGCCAUUGGCUGUCAAUCGAGUCAAAGUGACUUUCAAAGAUGAGCCCGGUGAAGGCUCCGGUGUGGCGAGAAGCUUCUACACUGCUAUCGCUGAAGCUCUCUUAGCAAAUGAAAAAUUCCCAACCAUUGAAACAACACCAUCCGGUUCUCAGUCUGCCGAUUACUCUGUACUGCACAGGAUAAAAUCUCGAGAUAGAGAGCACAGGAGACUGUCCACCAAUCAGAGAUCUGGAGGCACCAGUUGGUCUCGAUGUAGAGAAUCAAGGAGAACUUUGUCUUUCGAUGCUCAACCAUUCACACCUAGUAGUAGUAGUAGUAAUGGUAGUAAUAGCAACAAUGCCAAUGCAGAUGCAUCUGCAAAUGGGGUGCCACCACCAGCAUCGCCAAAUCAUUCUUUGAGCGAUCAACAGCAGCAGUACGGAGAUAGACUGUAUCAGAAAGUCCACGCAUUGAGACCAUCGUUAGCUGGUAGAAUCACAGGAAUGCUCUUAGAACUGUCUCCCGCACAAGUAUUAACAAUGCUAUCUUCUGAUGAUGAAUUGCGACAGAGAGUUGAUGAUGCGAUGGACAUUUUACUGCAUCAUGGUGAUGAGCUGUCUUCAGAUUCCAUUUUAGAAUUAGAGACUACCGAUGAUGCCGGUGAGGAUAAUGCACCCUUAUUCUAUUGUCCUGGCAAAACAGGGUUCUAUUCACCCAGACAAGGCAAAGCAACAUUUGAACGUCUUAGUGCUUUCCGCAACACGGGCAGAUUAUUGGGUCUGUGUCUACUUCAAAAUGAACUGUGUCCAAUGUUCUUGAAUCGGCAUGUUAUCAAGUGCAUCCUUGGUCGACCCGUCAGAUUCCAUGACUUAGCAUUUUUCGAUCCUAUCAUGUAUGAAGGCUUGCGACAACUAGUAGUAGACGCUGAAUCGAAGGAUGCUAACUGUCUUUUCUCUGCAUUAGAACUUAAUUUCAGUGUGGACCUGAGUGCAGAAGAAGGUGGUGGUUUUCUAGAAUUAGUCCCAGGUGGGCGUGAUAUUGAAGUGACAGCUUCCAAUGUCUAUGACUAUGUUCGCAAAUAUGCAGAAUAUAGGAUGGUGAAAGCCCAAAGUAAAGCAAUCGAUGCUAUUAGACAAGGUGUAUUCGAUGUUCUGCCACCAUCUGCCUUGGAUGGACUAACACCAGAAGACUUCAGACUGUUACUAAAUGGUGUCGGAGACUUCAAUGUAUCCGUAUUGAUAUCUUAUACUAACUUCAUAGAUGAAUCUAGUCCCAAUCCUCACGAACCUAGCCCAAGACUGCUCAAAUUGAAGAGAUGGUUGUGGUCCAUAGUUGAAAAAAUGACUCCGGUAGAAAGAAUGGACUUGGUUUACUUCUGGACUGGAUCGCCAGCUCUACCCGCCAGCGAAGAUGGUUUCCAGCAAAUGCCCAGUGUCACUGUGAGACCACCGGAUGACUCAUACCUUCCUUCUGCCAACACUUGCAUUUCUCGCCUUUACAUCCCCCUCUACAGCUCUCGGUCGAUUUUGAGACAGAAGUUAAUGAUAGCCAUCAAGAGCAAAAAUUUUGGAUUCAUCUAAAUAUGGCCUCAACGACUUUGGAAAAUAGAGGAUACACUCCCACAUCCAAUGUGCAUUCAAAUAUUCUUAUUAUACGUUAGCGUAGUCGCGAUAGCGAUACUUGUCACGAAAUCAUUGCGAGUAAGAUUUAUCUUGUUUCGUUUGUAGAUUAUUUAUUUUCCAAUGAAUAGAAUAAAUUGGUCGAACCUAUUUUGUUAAUGCUCCAAUUUAUGCUGACUGUGACCCCCACCCCUCCCCCCCUCUAAUCCUCCCCCUUAUCCUGUGAAAUAUGAUUUGUAAUAUUCUGUACAUUAUUUCAUUUUAGUUUUAUUUCUUUUUGUCUACUGAUUAAGUACUCGCUUAAGUUUCAUGUUGAAAGUUGUUUAUUUUUUAUCGUUCAAUACUUUUCAAGUAUUUAAACAAUCAAGACUUUUUCUUCGCUAGCCUAGCUGACUAAUUUCUUGCAGUGACAGUUGUGAAUAAUUCGAGACUCUGUUAUACAAACUAUCGUGUUGUAUCUGUUAAAUAUUAAUAUUAUUAUCUAAUGAUAGUGUAAAUUGAUUAAUUAAAAAGAAUAUCUUUUUCGA